UGUUUCCAGCCGGGCUUGUUUUUGUGAGGGACCUCAGGCUCCUACUCCAAUCUAGCACACGUGUGAUGGCCGCAGCCAUAGCGGCUCAGGAGUCCACUCUGCUCGGUCUGUGUGAUGGAGAAGUUGACUCUAGAAGACAUCAGUCCUCCUAUCAGACUAACAAAGUCGGGGGUUCUCCGGACUGGUUGCCGGUCAUCUCCCGGCAGUUUCUCCGCUGUGGUCGCUGCGGUGCUCCGUUAGCCCUUGUGGUGCAGGUGUACUGCCCGCUGGAGGACUCCCCUUACCACAGAAACCUCCACCUGUUCGCGUGUACAGAUGCUGAAUGCAGCGGCCGCUCGGACUGCUGGGUGGUGCUCCGCACCCAGGCUCUGGAGAAGGAGGUGGCGGCGGUGCAGACUUCCAGCCGGCCUGCCGCGGCUCAGGAGGCCGCUCUGUCGGCCACGGAUUGGUGUGACACCGCCGAUGACUGGGGGGUGGAGGUGGAGGUGGAGGAAGGUGACGAUGGUUGGGGGGGAGAUAUGCAGAAGGAGAUCCAGGUUCAGGAGGAGGCAGCAGUUCCUGAGACAGAAGUAGGGGCAGUCAGUGAGAUGGACGUCAGCAGUGGACUUCAGGGCCUCAGUCUGAGGGAAUCGCCAGAGGACGUUGCUGUCUUCCGUCCCUUCUUCAUCAGUGUGGUGGACGAGUCAGAUCUUUGUGGGGAGGAGGACGGCCUGGAGCACGCUCAGCAGCUACUGAGAGAGUACGAGAGGAGAGAGGGAGUGGCGGUUGGAGAGCUGGAGGAGAGUGGGCUCAGCCGCGAGGAGAAGUAUGAGAAGACCAGAGCCAGACACGGAGAUGCCGUCUUCUCCAGGUUCAUGAAGAAAAUCUCCCUGUGUCCACAGCAGAUCAUGAGCUAUUGCCGUGGCGGGAAGCCGCUUUUCAUCUCUGAGCCGCCAUCCAAUAUGGCUCAGCUGGUUUCAGCAUGCAGCUCCUGUGGAGGGCCCAGGACCUUUGAGCUGCAGCUGAUGCCUGCACUGGUGAGCCUGUUGCAGAGAAAGGACAGCAGUGUAGAGGCAGAGCUGGAGUUUGGGACGGUGCUGGUUUACACCUGCACAAACAGCUGCUGGACACCCGGAUCAGAGACACCCGUGAAGGAGUUCUGCUUUGUUCAAACAGACCCGGACCAGCAGCUCUUUAAAUGACUGAAAAGGUCAAUAAGUCUGAUCCUCACAUCAAAACAUCCCAGUUAAAGAGGACAGACACCAUCAUUCAAAAGUUUGAGGUCACUUAGAAAUGUCCUGAAAAGCAUUUUUUUCAAUGAAGAUAACAUUAAAUGAAUCAGAAAUCCAGUCUCGACAUUGUUAAUAUGGUAAAUGGCUAUUCUAGCUGGAAACGGCUGAUUUUUAAUCUAAAAAUAAUAAUAUAUAUAUAAUAGAAAUUUUUAAUAUCUACAUAGGGAUGCAGAGGCCAGAGGGAAAAUUUUAAAAUUCUACACCAUGAAGCUUAAAAUCCAAGGGGAGUAACAAUUUGAAAAAUACAUGUUAGAGUGCAGCUGAACCAAUUUGAUCACUUUUGAGGUCUUCAUUUUACCCCAGAAUCAGUGUAAGCUUUACACAGGAGUAGUGUAAGGCAUUUGGAUCCCAUGGAUUAGAUGGACUGAUUCUUUAGAGGGAUUUGGAUGCUGAGAAGUAGAGGUUAGUGAUCAUAGUGCUCAGUGAAUAAAGCUCAACCAGCUUAAUGACUUUA